GGAAUAUUGUCCAUGGGGUCAUGAUGGGUCUGGCACGACUUUGCAACUAAACAACAACAACAAUAACAGUAUAGCAGCAGCAACAUAAAAAUAUUUUCCUGUAACAUGUUACCUGAACCAGCUGCAGAAUCACCUUGGUGUAAUGUGUGUAUGUGCUUGUGCGUGAUGGCCCUAUGAAGUUCUGCCUGAAAUCUAGCAACUCCCUUCACAGAUGAAAUAUUCCCUUCUUUCGCAAUGCUAGAGAUCUAACUAAUCCAUAAUAAGUUUGUAUAUCACAGAUGUUAGCACUUUCAGGCAACAUAUUGUAUUACAUUUUAAAUAGAUACAGAUAUUUUAGUUGCUUUUUGCAGAUGCUAUGUACAUUUUUAAUAGUCUUCUGUCCAGGUUUUAUAAUACUAAUAAUAAUACACUUGUUUUAUUUUUAUUUAUUUAUUUUGUAUCCCAGGUCAUUUAAAUGUGGUGGAAUUCUUAUGGGAGCAUCGGGGUAUAUUGGGAGUGAAGGAUUUCCAGGAGUCUACCCUCCAAACAGCAAAUGUACUUGGAAAAUUACAGUUCCUGAAGGAAAAGUGGUUGUUCUUUCCUUUAGAUUCAUAGAUUUGGAAAGUGAUAAUUUGUGCAGAUAUGAUUUUGUGGAUGUGUACAAUGGCCACACAAAUGGACAGCGCCUUGGCAGGUUCUGUGGCACAUUGAGACCAGGUGCUCUUGUGGCCAACAGCAAUAAAAUGUUGGUGCAAAUGAUUUCAGAUGCCAAUACAGCUGGAAAUGGCUUCGUUGCAAAGUUUUCUGCAGCAGAACCACAUGAAAGAGCAUUAUGCUGUAUAUUUGCAGGAGACCAGUAUUGUGGUGGACGACUAAAUAAGCCUUCUGGAUCCUUUAAAACUCCCAAUUGGCCUGAUCGAGAUUACCCUGCAGGAGUGACCUGUUCGUGGCACAUUGUAGCUCCAAAAAAUCAGCUAAUAGAGUUAAACUUUGAAAAAUUUGAUGUGGAGAGAGAUAACUACUGCAGAUAUGACUAUGUGGCGGUGUUUAAUGGUGGCGAGAUUAAUGAUGCUAGGAGAAUUGGGAAAUACUGUGGAGACAGUCCACCAGCACCUAUUACUUCUGAGAGGAAUGAGUUGCUAGUUCAGUUUUUAUCUGAUUUAAGUUUAACUGCUGAUGGCUUUAUCGGUCACUACAAAUUCAGACCCAAAAGGAUACCCACAACCACAUCACCAACCACUGCUAGAACUCUCCCUGCCACUACAACCUUGAAGCCGACAGUUGCCCUGUGCCAGCAAAAAUGCCGAAGGAGUGGAACUCUUGAGAGCAAUUACUGUUCAAGUAACUUUGUAAUAACUGGAUCUGUUAUCACAACAAACAUCAGAGGUGGAAGCUUACAUGCAACAAUAUCAAUUAUUAAUGUGUACAAGGAAGGAAAUUUAGCAAUCCAGCAAGCAGGCAAAAAUAUGAGUACAAAGAUUGUUGUUGUCUGUAAACAGUGCCCUCUUAUCAGAAGAGGUCUAAAUUAUGUAAUCAUGGGCCAGGUAGAGGAGGAUGGCAGGGGUAAAAUCCUGCCCAGCAGCUUUACAAUGACUUUCAAGACUAAGAACCAAAAGAUCCUGAAUGUCUUGAAAAACAAGCAAUGUUGAAAUGUGAUUUAUAAAUUUUUAUUUUUGUAGCUUUGCCCCAUCAUCUUUCCUCUAGAAUUUCUUUACACAAACAAGUUGAAGAAAUUGUCCUUUCUGAGCAGGUGGUAUACUUUCUAGAUUUUUUCACUGUAACGCCUAUUGACUGAUGUUGCAAAUAUUAAAAGAAAAAUAACUUUGAAUGUCAUAUUUCCAAACUUUCCAUCGCACCAGCCAGCCUGAAACAUACAUAGGGCUGGAUCUAGGGUAUGUCCCAUUGAUGGAAGGACUCCUUUCAUGGAAGGCCUUUGCCCACUUUUGGGAAAUGCCUUGUACCAUAGUUUGCCCUGUUCAAUAGGACCUUCCCUAUGUAGAAUUUCCAGAGGACGUAGGUGUUGCCAUGGGGAGAUGAGGAUCAACUUCUGCCAACCGAGUCACACACACAUAAAUCUGACUCUAACCCCAAAUGUCUACUAAACAGAAGUUCUUAAUUUAUACUUAGGAGAAUUUUUUAAAAUGACAGAUGAGGUGAUACAAGUGCAAUAUUUAUAUUAAAACAUUUUAACAGCUUUCUUGUUAAAUUUUAUUAUCUACAUGUAAUAAAAACUUUUUAAAGUUCAUGAUGUACAUAAUUCUUAAUUAGCAAAACAUAAAUAGGCAUUAAGAGUCAGAGAACCUCAACUAUCUCUGCAUAUCAUUUCUGGUUUAGAGCUAACAAUAUUCAAUUCAUAGAGAAUUCUAAUUUAAUGAAGUUUGUAAAUAUAUUUCAGAUUGUGGUCAGGCUGGAAUUUUAAUGCUCUCUGGUCAAAGGCCCAGUUUGCACUUAACACUAGCAAAUCAUGGAUAACUUAUUAAUGAAUUGAAAAGGUUAACCUAACCACAGGCUAACUUUGGGUUAUUUAAUCCACAAAUGACCCAUGGUCCAAAUGACUAAUUUUCCACAUCACACCAAGCCAUCUAAUGAAUAAAUUAUGCAAUGUGGGGUCAUGAAACAGUUGAUACGGCAUUUGAAACAGCUGAUCGUUUGUUCACAUCUUCCUUUUCAGGGGUCAUAUUUCAGAACAUAUACUGCUAUAGUUACUGUAGUUCACUGUCCAUUCUUUUAAAAACCUGCAGAAAUAAACAUGAAUGUAUAGAGGGGAGAAAUAGGAAAUCUGCAUGCAUCUGCAGUAAUGAUGCAGUCCAUUUACUUCCCAGUCACCAAGUAUGUGUAUUUUUCCAGUCCAAAAAAGCUGCACGAGUAUAAUGACAGAAGCAGCAGGACAGAACAAACAAGGCAUCAACAGUAAUUAUACCCUCAAUAGGGUCUUAAUUCAUUCCAUCCUCUGUCACCUGAGGAGUCUUUUAGAACCGUUUGUAAACUUCAAUAAAUACUCAGGGGGAAAAAAAGCCCCCAAAAGAGAUGUGGACUUAGUAUCUCCAUUUCUAGAGUAGCUGUAGUCUCACAAAUACGUUGAAAAGGCAGAAGACACAAAAACUAUUAGUUAAAUCCUUAAAGUGAGAUUAACAAAGAAGAGCACUUUCUUCUUCCUCCCCCUUUUGGUGUAUUUGCUUUUGAUGUUUUUACCCUUCAAACUGCUUUUCAACUGGAAGCAAGGAAAUUGGUUCUUGAAAACUACAAAUUUGCCUGUACACAGUGUCACUAUGCAGUCUUUUUUUUUCUAUUGCACUUUGCCACUCCCUUUGACAGCUGAAACAGACAAGGAAAUAGACCAGGUAAGACUAAACAUUUGCAAAUAACCAACAGAAAUUAUAUUAUUAAAGCAUCCACUGUUGCACUCAUUUCUGGGUUUGAAUUACUGGGGUUUUUUUACAGGCAGUUGACCAGUUACAGUUGUUCCAAAAUGCUGCUUGGACAGCUAUGAAGGACACCUGUGAUGGCACAGGUGAAAUUGCAAAGAGUAGCAGGGGUGGGUCAUUGCUAUUAAUCUAGUAAACAAAAAAUAGUUCUCUCAGGUUUGGACAACUUGGUAACCCAUCACAGAUUGAAUAUACCUUAAAGCAAGCCAAGGAUUGUUAGGGUGGCUUUAUGCCUAAAAAGAAUUCACGCUGUGGAAAGCAGUCUAGGUAGGCAACAGAAUAACCCACCAUACCUGGUCAUCCACAAGUGGGUUGUUGUGUCAUGAAUCUGGUUAUAGUGUCCAGUUUCACACAUUGGGCAAUAAUCUAUGAUCAGAGAUGGAUUAUAGAAAGUAAAAGCAGCUGGCAUGCAAUCCAGCAACUGGUGUCUCUCUCCAUAGUUUACCACCAUUACAUGCAAACUGAGUCAUAGCUAUGUCCUCAAAGUUGCCAUGAGGAAAGAUAAUAAAGAGGCUUCCCAUGUUGAACAAUGUCCAGAAGAGACACUUUGUUUCAGUAGGUAUUAUAUUGUGCCUUAGCAAACCUAGCAAUGAUUGUUGACUUAACUGAUUUUACAAUUUGACAGUUUUACUGGCCCUUGAGACAGGCUGAAAUAAUAAAAAUUAAAUGUUACCAUG